AUGAAACGACGGGAACUGCCUUCACAGCCAUGGGUAGUUGUUGCCAUUGAUUUCUUAGGCCCACUUCCAAGUAAUGAGUUUAUAUUCGUCAUAGUCGAUUAUUUUAGCCGUUACAAGGAGAUUAAAGUAUUAAAAGAUAUUUCAGCACAAAGCACGAUUAGUACAUUACAAGAAAUUUUCUCUAGGCUAGGGUAUCCAUCUUGCAUUAAUGCUGAUAAUGGCAGGCAGUUUACAAGCAUUGAAUUUAAAAACUAUUGUAAAGAAACCGGUAUCGAAUUAUUUCACACUAUACCUUAUUGGCCUCAACAAAAUGGCGAAGUUGAACGACAAAAUCGUGACAUACUAAAGAGAAUUAAAAUUAGCUGUGCUUUAAAACAAAACUGGAAAAGGGAUCUUCUCGAUUACAUGAUGAUGUACAAUAGUACACCGCACAGUAUUACCGGUAAAUCUCCAUCCGAAUUGUUUUUUCGAAGAUUUUUUAGAGACAAGAUUCCUAGCAUCAGCGAUCUAGAAAACAAUAAUUUAGACAGUGAAGUUAGAGACAGAGACAAAAUAUUAAAAGAACAAGGAAAAGAAUACGGAGACAGAAAACGAAAGGCAGUAGAAACUCAUUUGGAGCCAGGUGACAAAGUUUAUGUAAAAAAUUUAAUUAAAAGUAAUAAAACUUGUCCAAACUUCAAUCGAAGUCCACAUACAGUAAUAAAUAAAAAUGGAGGUAAUAUUCAAAUUAGGAAUGAUGAAACAGGUCAAGAUUAUCGAAGAAAUAUAAUACAUUUAAAGAAAAUUGAAGGAGAAUGGAAAGUCACUAAUAAACCAGAACAAAAUGAUAGUAGUCAUGAGCAUGACUAG